AUGGACAGCCCAAGGAACUUCUCCCCAGUGGCCCUGCCCACUUCUCAUUUGCCUCCUCUAGAAGGGCGGACGGUCGGAAGAUGGUCCCUGGCCUCUCUCCCCUCCUCUGGAUAUGGCACCAACACACCCAGCUCAACGUCCUCCUCCUCGUCACAGGAGCGGCUGCACCAGCUGCCCUUCCAGCCCACCAUGGAUGAGCUGCACUUCCUGUCCAAACACUUCGGCAGCACCGAGAGCAUCACCGACGACGACGGGGGCCGCCGCUCGCCACACGUGCGCCCCCGCUCCCGCAGCCUCAGCCCGGGGCGCUCACCGUCUUGCUAUGACAACGAGAUAGUAAUGAUGAACCAUGUCUACAAGGAGCGCUUCCCCAAGGCUACAGCCCAGAUGGAGGAGCGUCUGUCAGAGUUCAUCCAGAACUUCUCCCCGGAGAGCGUGCUGCCGCUGGCUGACGGGGUCCUCAGCUUCAUCCACCACCAGAUAGCAGAGCUGUCCAGAGACUGCCUGACCAAAUCACAGGAUGGACUCAUCACAACGGUGUAUUUCUUUGAGCUGCAGGAGAAUCUGGAGAAGAUGCUCAACGACGCCUAUGAGCGUUCUGAGAGCUCUGAGUUGACCUUCGUCACUGAGCUGGUCAAAAAGCUCUUCAUCAUCAUAUCUCGUCCCGCCCGGCUUCUGGAAUGUCUGGAGUUCAACCCAGAGGAGUUCUAUCACCUGCUGGAGGCAGCGGAGGACCACGCCAAGGAGGGACACCUGAUGAAGACGGACAUCCCUCGCUACAUCAUCAGCCAGCUGGGUCUGACCCGGGACCCUCUGGAGGACAUUGUGAGCAUGGACAACUACUAUGACAGUGAAGGUCUCCACACCCCAGAGCCAGACGAUUCUGCAGAGGGGAAGAUGAAAGCCAUGAAGCCGCCAAGUGAAGAAGACUUUCAAACCAUCAAGCUGAUCAGCAACGGAGCAUAUGGUGCGGUGUACCUGGUACGUCACAGGGAGACCCGUCAGCGUUUUGCCAUGAAGAAGAUCAACAAGCAGAACCUGAUCCUGAGGAACCAGAUCCAGCAGGCCUUCGUAGAGAGAGACAUCCUGACCUUCGCUGAGAACCCCUUCGUGGUCUCCAUGUUCUGCUCCUUCGAGACUCGCAGGCACCUCUGCAUGGUCAUGGAGUAUGUUGAAGGGGGAGACUGUGCCACUCUGCUGAAGAACAUCGGGGCGCUGCCAGUGGAACUCACCAAAAUGUACUUUGCAGAGACCGUGCUGGCACUGGAGUACCUACACAACUAUGGCAUCGUGCACCGAGACCUCAAGCCUGACAAUCUUCUGAUCACCUCUAUGGGCCACAUCAAGCUGACCGACUUUGGCCUGUCUAAGAUGGGUCUGAUGAGCCUCACCACCAACCUGUAUGAGGGACACAUCGAGAAGGACGCACGCGAGUUCCUGGACAAACAGGUGUGUGGCACCCCAGAGUACAUAGCCCCGGAGGUGAUCCUGAGACAGGGCUACGGGAAGCCGGUGGACUGGUGGGCCAUGGGCAUCAUCCUCUAUGAGUUCUUAGUGGGCUGUGUGCCCUUCUUUGGAGACACGCCUGAGGAGCUCUUUGGACAGGUCAUCACAGAUGACAUAGUGUGGCCUGAUGGAGAUGAGGUCCUGCCUGCUGAUGCCCAGGGACUGAUAUCAACCCUGCUACAGACCAAUCCACUGAUGAGGCUGGGUACAGGGGGAGCAUUUGAGGUGAAGCAGCACUCGUUCUUCUCUGACCUGGACUGGAACAGUCUACUGAGACAGAAGGCAGAGUUCAUACCUCACCUGGAGUCAGAAGAGGACACCAGCUACUUCGACACCCGUUCAGAUCGUUAUCACCACAUCAAUGCGUACGAUGAGGAUGACACCAACGAUGAUGAUGAGCCUGUUGAGAUCAGACAGUUCUCCUCCUGCUCCCCUCGCUUCAGCAAGGUACAAGGAUCUGCCUCUGCCCCGAAAAAGUAG